AUGACAACAAAUUGCAUUAGAGAGGCAGCGAGAGAGGUGUUAGGGGUCUCAAAGGGUUUUUCUGGUGGCCAUAAAGGGGACUGGUGGUGGAACGAAGAGGUUCAGAGGAAAGUGGAAGCCAAGAAAGCAGCAUAUUUGAAGCUCGUAGAGAGUAUUGAUGAGGGGCAGAAGAGUGCUAACAUGGAGGGGUAUAAGAAGGCUAGGAAGGAGGCGAAGUUAGCGGUUACUACGUCUAAGACCGCUGCGUUUAGUCGUCUAUACAAAGAAAUUGGGGAUAAAGGUGAGGACAGGAAGCUGUACAGACUAGCGAAGGUGAGGGAGCGAAAGGCCCGGGAUCUGGACCAAGUGAGAUGCAUAAAAGAUGAUGAGGGAAGAGUUUUAUUGGAGGGGGCUCAGAUUAGGCAGAGAUGGCAGUCUUACUUUCAUAGGCUCUUGAAUGAAGAGAGAGAUAGGGGCAUUGUGCUGGGGGAGUUAGAGCACUCGGAGCGGAAGAAGAAGAUGCCCGAAGAAUGGAGGCGGAGCACAAUGAUCCCGCUAUACAAGAAUAAGGGGGAUGUUCAAAACUGCAACAACUAUAGGGGUAUCAAGUUGUUAAGCCAUGUGAUGAAAGUGUGGGAGAGCGUGAUUGAAGGGAGGCUGAUGAGGUGUGUGUCCAUUUCCGAGAACCAGUUUGGUUUCAUGCCGAGACGGUCGACCACAGAGGUCAUUCAUAUUGUGAGGAGAUAUGUGGAGCAGUAUAGGGCGGUGAAGAAGGAUUUGCACAUGGUGUUCAUUGACCUGGAGACGGCCUAUGACAAAGUCCCCAGAGAGGUUCUAUGGAGAUGUUUGGAGGCUAGAGGAGUGUCUAUAGUGUAUAUUAGAGUGAUUCAGGACAUGUAUGAUGGAGCUAAGACACGGGUUAGGACAGCAGGUGGAGACUCGGAUUUCUUUUCGGUUGAGAUCGGGUUGCAUCAGGGAUCAGUACUUAGUCCGUUUUUGUUUUCCCUGGCGUUGGAUUCUUUGACACGUCGCAUUAAGGGGGAGGUGCCUUGGUGCUUGAUAUUUGCGGAUGACAUAGUCCUGAUUGAUGAGAUGCGAGGUGGCGUUAACGAGAGGCUGGAGGUCUAG